GUCUCGUAAUAACCCGCAUUGGCCUCUCAAACUCUUUAGAAGCCAAGUUGAACAGGAUAUACCUACCCACCAUCAACGUCCACUAUCUCACAACCUUGCUCGUCCAUGCGUAUCAAGUCCCUCUCCGCCGUUAUAUCGCCUUUCCAUUUUUAAGAUCUGUACAUACCUACUUUCUAACAGCCAUCAAUCACCUCAACAUCACGAUGCACCUCACCAUCACCAUCCUCCUCUCCCUCUCUUCCCUCCUCACCAUCAAACCAGCAACCGUCGCCGCGCAACAAUCCGACCGUUUCUGUCCCUGGUGCUACUGGACGGUCCCAGACAGCAUGGCCGGUCUUCCCGAGUUCAAAUUCGACUCGUUCUGCCACGCCUUCGUUCACCAGCCCAUCACCGAUCGCCCUGGCGGCCCUGGACCCUCCUCACCUCAAAAGCCGAUAUUCCACGUCGCCAUCAUGAACAACAACUUCACCGAGCUUCUCUCGUACGGCCGAAUGGUGGGCUAUAACAUGUCGGUGGACUUGCCGAGCAGGCCGGCGAGGUGUGCGCCGGGGGUGGCGACUUUUCACAUGAACGGGAAGGAAGACCAGCAAGGGGGUGAUGGGUUGUUGAGGCCUCCAACGUUCGAUUACUCUGUUCUUAACACUUUCCCCGACACCGCCUCCAACGCCAACGCUCCUGCCGCAACAAACAACUCUCAGAUCCUCAACACCAGAGAUGCCAACACCAACUGGAACAACUGGUCCUCCAUCGGCGAGCGCUUCUGCCCCUGGUGCGAAGCCGGCGUCGACUCCAAAGACGGCGCCAGCCCGGAAGACAGGGUGUGCAGGGUAGUCGUGCACCAGCCGAUGGCCGCGGGCAGCAACCCGCCAAACACCCAAUUCGCUCACGUCGUCAUCCUCAACGCCCGGUAUACGGAGCUGCUGUCGUACAAGCGCAUGGGGUGGAAUCAGCAGGAGAAUCUUUGGACGUCGGUGGGGGAUGAUGGGUCUGAGGGUGGGAUCGCCACGGUGUUUACUGGUCAAGAGGGUGUUUGGUUGCCACCAAAGAUUUUGUGGCAGAGAGAUGGGAAACUGUCAGUGACCGUUCUUCCACUGUACCCGGGCACGGAGGGGUCGACGUGGAAAAUUGUGACAAACGUUGCACCGAAGCAGAGCUAUCUCGUUUUUCAUACGUGGUUCUUCUGUGGGAGGUAG